AUGGAUUUGCGGAAGAGAUCAUCAAGUGCCGCCUCCACUCCCGAUAAGGUGUUCCUGGAAGCAUGCGACAUCUACUUCCGUCACUGUCACAAUAAACCGUACGGCUUUUUCAACGCCGAGCUCUUUCAGCAACAAGCAGCAAAGAAUCAAGUGCCUCUGCACCUGCGCCUGGCUUUGAUUGCUACCGCGACGCGCUACUCGUCUCGUUCGCAAUGGAGGGAAAGGAAACAGAGCACUAUCGAUAGUUACGCGCGAUGUUCUUGGGAGUUGAUUGUGACGUCUCCGAAUGGAUUUGAUGACGACGACGUGACGGUUAUCCAGGCACUCGCCCUUUUGGCCGUUAUCGAUGCCACUGCUGGUCGGCGACGAGGCGCCUGGGUGAAGAUCGGAAUGGCGGUACGGAUCAGCCAAGAUCUACAAUUGAUGCUGGAGCCUGGUUCGGGUUUCUCCAACAUGGAACGUGACGAACGAAGGCAUCUUUUCUGGUCAUUAUACCUCCUAGAUCGCUUCGUGGGCUGCUCCUUUCAACGACCGCCCGCCAUCCAGGACUCGGAUUGUCGCCUUAAUCUACCCACGCCUCAUUAUUCGAGGAACCUGGUGCCAUACACGACAUUGAAGGGACUCUUAGAUGAGCGGAAUCGAGACCUGUCGAUGCGGCCGGGAAUGUUCGGCAUUAGUAUCGCGUUGGCGUCUGUGCUCGGGCGGACGAUCAAGUGCAUGAUGAACGAGGCAGAUAAGAUCGAGGCACCAUGGCAUCUCGAAUCAGCAUACCGUGCCAUCUGCACCGAUCUAGAGUUUUUGAAAGAGCUCGCCGUCAGUAAUAGUCCCGUCCUGGCUGCACCGGGGCAAGCUCGUCCUCCACAUGAGAUGCAAGACCGCGAUCGCGAGCAGAUUGCGCACAUGGUGCUUUCCCAUACAUUAUACCACCUUUCCCAUUGCAUUCUCAGCCAUCCGUAUCUUCUCGGUCUAAAGAUGCAAUCUCUCUCCCGCUCCGACAUGCCUCCCACCUGGUUGGAAGACACUCGCGCCACAUGCUUGAUGCAUGCCGGCUCCGUGAUCACCGUGCUUGUUGAGGCGAAGGCAGCGGGAUACAUGCCCGUCCCCUCGGUAUACAGCUACUGCAUCCUCGUGGCCAGUACUAUACAUGCACUGUAUCUUCACAGUGACGACAUGGCUGUCGGCCAAAGCUCGGCGGAGUAUCUAAAAACAUCGCUAGAAUACCUGGGCGAAGUCUCGGAACUGUGGACAUAUGCGCAGACGAUGGCCAGCGCACUGAGGUCCUUCGCCGUCCAAUGCGGGCGAUACAGCGAUUUACUCCUCCGGGACGAGCCCCUCGUGGACGAACUCACCACCACCGAAUCUGCCGUCCUCUGCUCAGUAAUCGACUACUGGGCCAUGAUGGACCCGCACAAUCCCGUGUUUGACGUUGCACAGCCCAGGACUGACGGCCCGCUCGAUCUGCUGGAUGUUGGUCCCGGCUACUUGACGCCACCAACGCCUGGUGCGGUGGGGGCCAUCCCGCUGGAGGCGGCGAUGUCUCACUCUCCAGGGCACAAGACCAGUGAUCUAGUCGAUCCAGAUAUUCUGAUUCACUAUCCUGUAUCGAUCAUGUCGCCCAUGGCUUCUGAAGAGGGGGGUUCGCCAGCGUGGGAUUGGGAUUCUGAGCUGAAUGCCAUGAUCGACUGA